AUGAUUUCUUUCUUUCUUCCUUUCUUUGCCUUCAGUAUUUUUCAAAUUCUUUAUUCAUAUUUUUAUUGUACUUCUUUCUUUCAUUCUUUCUUUCUUCGAAUAUUCAUGAUUUAUUUCUUUUACUUUCUUCACCUACCAAUCACCUUAAAACCCAAACCGAACCCUACCACGUCUUUUAUCACGAUCCCCCGCUCCUCACCGAAAUUCUCACCCUUACACCACUCAGCCCCCGCUAGACCCUUUACUCCAACCAACCAACACACCUUCCCAAAGGCAACCAGUCUCGAAUCCUUUACUUCUUUUCUACUUUUCUCACGCACCCCUUUCUUCUUUCUUUCCAAUUCCUUUUCACCCCCUUCGUUAUUUCUCUCAUUCAGUCUUUCCUUCUUUCGCUCGUUCGAGCUCACUCUGCCCCUUUCGUUCCCUGCAGGUGGGAUGAAGGACGGACGAACCGGCGCCGGGUAA